AUGCAACACUUGAACUGGAGCUCGGUGUGUGAAAUGUUUCAUAACUACAGCUUCUCUUGCCAGACUGUGAUCUUCAUUCGUGACAAAAAUUCUCAUGGGCAAGAAGUGUCAGGAUAUAUCGACUAUGCCCACAGACUAAAGACUGAAGAUUUUGAAGUCUAUUUUACUGGGAAAAGGAAACUUCUUCCAAGGACCACAGAUAUGAGCUUUUACAACUGGGACAGUCAUGUUGCUAUCUGCAAUUCAAGUCCUAAUUAUCAAGUGAUUGCUGACAACCCCGAAGGCUUACUUUUUAAAUAUAAAAGAGACAGAACAAUUCUCAAUGUGGACCCAAGGGCUCACCCAGGUGACAACUCUACUAGAGUCCCCAUCCAGACAGAGCUCUACACACAUGCUGUCCUUUUUGACCACAUUUACAGAAGGAAGAUUUAAGCACCAACACAGUGCAUGGUUUCUUUAUCGUUCGCUGAAUUUCAGUGAAUUCUGUGGUCAGAAGCAAAGUGGAAUCAUUAAUGAGCCCUAUAGCUAGAAGGCAAAUUAGAGUAAUAAAAGUUA